AGUCUUUUUGAACCCAAAAAUAUCUAAAUAAAAUAGCCUAUUUUUGUAUUACGAUUGCUCGAGAAAUCCUUAUAAAAAAACUAUUGUUUUGUCGCUUUCCAAAUGAUAGUUCAGUGGUUGAUCUUGCUAGUGCAAAGUUUCGUGUCAAGAUCGUAUUCGUUUCAACUGGAUACAAGCACACCAAAUACCAAACAUGAGAUAGAGGAAGGACAGAGAAAGUGGCGUGGAUCAGUGGGAGUUAUAGUUGAUGCACCCAUUGAGAAAGUCCGGGAUUUUGUUUCUCAAACAAAAAGACAACCAGAAUGGAUGCCAAUGGUUGAGAAAUGCAGAGACUUAUCAGGAGAAGAAGGCAUACCUGGCUACAUCAGGCUAGUUUCUGGCUUCAUGUUCCCUCACCAAGAUGGAGAAAGGUCAUGGAUCAAAGUGAGGUUGGUGUCAAUGGACUCAUCAUCACACAGUUAUGUCUACAAAAUGGAAUCAAGCAAUAUGGGAUUAGACGGCUCUAUGAAUUCAUUAAAGCUAGCAGAUUAUGGGGAUGAUUCUACACUAGUUGAGUGGGCAUUUGAGAUAGAACCCCUAAAAGAUACAUCCAAGGAUAGCACCAUAGAUUACUUGGGAUUUCUCUAUAAAUCCUGCAUUAAUAGGAUUCAAGGUUCUAUAGAGGCUGCAUCCAGAAUAGUAUGAGCAUCAAGCUUAUUGAAACCUCGUUAUCCAUACAAACACUAUGUAAAAGCAUAGUCAUGUGAAUUUAUAUGCAUGCCUGUAUCCACUGCUUUCAACGAGAAAAAUGUGAAAAGGAGGAAAUUUGCUAUUCCCUGAAAGGUCUCCAGGACAGCUGACCGUACCACUGAUUCUACAUUCCAUGAAAAAGAUUUAUCAACCCAAAAAAACUCCGUACCAUCUCAAACACUGACCAUUAGCCACCACCAUUGCUGUCUUCUACAGUGUAUAAAUGUACAUUAUCUUU